AUGUCCUAUCAGCCAGCUCAGCGUCCGUCGAUGACCGCGUCUACGCGCCGCAAUCGUCACGAACAGCCCUCCCAUCCCUUUUUCGAUCAAGCAUUCGCGGCGACGCAGACGAACGAACCGUACAGAAGCAUGCGGGACGAGUUAGCGACCCAGCUAUACGACGAGACGGCUACUUUCGGAGGCACCGGGUACAGUCAUAGCAAUCGCGUCAUUGACAGCAUGAGACGCCUCAGUACCACGGCUCAAAAGUACGAACGAGACGAUCAUGUCAAGAGAAAUAUGGCGAAGUGGCUGAACGUAUUCGAUUGCAUCGGAUCUGCGGAACAGAAGACGCACAAGCUCUUGGGAAGUCUUCCAGACCUGAGGCUGCCCGCUCCGCGUAACGCAAGAGACUCUACUUCGACAUCGAGACGCAGCGUCGCUCGUUCCAUGACGGUCCCGGUAUACGCAUCCUCCUAUCAGAACGUAGACAACUCUGCGGUUGCGCAAUUCACAGCCGCACCACUCAACACGUAUGCAGCCUCGUCGCCGUACGCGGUCAGUCCUCCGUUCAUACCGUCCAGCGGUACGGACAAGCGGGGCUACGUCAUAGGCAGGGAGACCAUGAAUCCCAACCCCUCCGACAUGCGAACCGUCAUGCGAACUGAGAGGGCGCAGCUGAUCGACAACUUGGUCGAUACAACACCUUAUCUGACUGCUGCAGACCUUGGCAAGGAUCGUGAAGUCCUCGGUCUAUGUGCUGAAGUCAAGCGUUUGGCGAAACAAGGGAUCGCGACGCUGGAGGACAUGAACUCGGACUUUCACGAGACAUCCGGCGUAUGGGAAAAGGUCGCCUCCAACCUCAGCAAGAGCACAAACACGCUAUACGGUAUGAUGUCUGCGACCGCGACCGUUGUCGGCGGCAUCGUGGAUGGGAUGGAUAGCGGUCCCAACAAGAUUGCUUUGGGCGGCAUUGGGGGCUCAAUUCAAGCGGCGGCACAGUACCUACAAAGGAAGAUACAAGAUCCGGCCAGUACACAAAAUACGGCUUCCAAUGCGCGCGCCGCGGCGGAAGACCUGCGGCACAACACGCAGAUGGUUCUCAUGGCCUAUAUCGAGCUGCAGGGUGUCAUCGUGAAGAUACUGAGGAUGCGGGAGGGUGGCUCAACGUUCUCUGAAGAAGAAAAGAAACGCAUCGCGCAAUUCUUUUACUCGUUCGGUCGUCAUUUCGAUACUAUACCGGGUACGAGCAUCCAGCACACCGGCGAAGUGGAGACGCGCUGGCUGAAAGAACCUGAGGUAGAUCAUGCUCGCCUGCCGCGGGGUCGGUCCACUGAUGAGUUAUAUGGCCAGGAUUUCUUUCCGGAGUUCGACCACGUCGCGCAACUUGCCAUCACAGCUUCAAAUAUCGAGGGACACUGCAGAUCUCUCGCAUAUCUUCUUUGGUAUGCGCAUGGCGAAACACAGCUCAUCGAUCCCCUUCGGGAUGCGAUGAGAUCGGUCGCGAACUACCUGGAGCUGCUAAAGGAAGCUAUAUCUGCCUUGGAGAAUAUUUUCCGUGCCAUUCAGCACAUAAUUCUCGCACCUCUGGAAGCACCAAACGAAGCGCUCUCUGAUCUAUCGACCACCUAUCGCUCGGCUAUGACAGCCCUGAAACGCAUCGGCGCAAUGGCCGAGAUCACGCUAGAAACUCUGUCCAAGUCAGGACGCGACGCGUUCAUUUCUAUCUCAUACCCGCCCGUCAUUCACUUCUUGCUUGUCGAGGUUAUUGGCUCAGAGUGGAACGACCGUCUGUACGCUCUGGCGAAACUAUCGUACUUCGUCCAGCGCGUCAAGGACGACGUGGACAGUAUCGCAUCGGCAUCAGUCCAUCUGCAGCUCUCCGUCGAGGGCCUUCAGGAGCGCUUCAGUGUCGCUAAGAUGCUGGAGUACCGUGACCUGGGCCCUGAGCAGCAGUGGCAACUGAAGCAAUUCCUAAGCAGGACCUGGAUUGCUCUCAGAGAGUGGGCAGACCAUAUAGCGUUCUGCGGGGAGGUGAUCCGCUCGUACGACACGGCGAUGCUCGAGAUACCUGUCCCUGGCGCGCACAAUCGACCGAAAUGA